CAUGUGACGGCCACAAUCACUCGCUAUUUCUGUUCACACCAACGAUAAAACCGAAGCUCCUCCGCUCGCCGCCACACGCUUCCUUCACCCGGCUAUAAAUAUCGAAGCUCCGCUUUGCUGACGCCCCAUGCUCCAUUCCGCGGCGCAUUCUCUCCGCCAUGGCUCCGAUCCAGCUAAAACAUUCGGCGGCAUCUGCGGAGGCUCGGGUGAUGGUGCGCGACGCCAUGCGCACCGCUGCUCUCGCUUCCUCCCCGAAUCUGCUACCGCCGCCUCCAAUGACCCCGGAUCAGAUUGCGACCUCGCAGGUCUGUUUUGGCGGGGACACCAACGCCUCGGUGGCGGUCCAACCUAGGGUUCUCUGCUGCGAGGAGAUCGACGGGAAGAAGUGGAGUUACGUGGUGGGGGUUGAGGAGCGGAGGAUGUCUCGGAGAUGUUCAUCCCUGAAGGCGGUGCCAUUGCAGUCGCCGGUAGCGCCCAUCGAUGAAAUUUUUGCAUUCAUAAGAUCCUAUGUUGUUCCCGAAGGCUUUCCUAAUAGUGUUACCCCUUCGUACGUCCCGUAUAUGACAUGGAGAGCUUUAAAGCAUUUUUUUGGGGGAGCAAUGGGUGUUUUUACUACACGGACACUCCUAACUUCUGUUGGAGCAUCUAAAAACAGUGCAACCUCUGGAGCUGUUGCUAUUAAUUGGAUUCUUAAGGAUGGAGCUGGGCGUGUUGGAAAAAUGCUUUACUCAAGGCAAGGAAAGAAAUUUGACUAUGAUCUGAAGCAGCUUCGCUUUGCAGGUGAUCUUUUGAUGGAGUUGGGUGCUGGACUUGAGCUGGCAACUUCUGCAGUACCACAUCUUUUUCUACCAUUGGCUUGUAUGGCGAAUGUGGCAAAGAAUGUUGGUGCCGUCACAUCGACAUCCACUCGAACUCCAAUUUAUAAAGCCUAUGCUAAAGGAGAGAAUAUUGGGGAUGUCACUGCUAAAGGAGAAUGUGUUGCCAAUAUUGCAGAUCUGUUAGGGACAGGCCUGAGUAUCUUGGUUUCGAAAAGUAACCCUUCCUUGGUUGUUUCAUUUGCUUUCCUUUCGUGUGGAUAUCUUUUCAGUUCAUACCAAGAGGUGAAGUCUGUUGUUCUGCACACAAUGAAUCGGGCCAGAUUUGCUGUUGCAGUGAACUCUUUCCUAAAGACAGGUAAUGUUCCUUCAUUGAAGGAAGGCAAUGCCAAAGAAAACAUAUUCCAUUUUCCAUGGUCAAAACAAACAUCUAUAAUCUUAGGGUCUAGAUUUGGAGAAGCAUUUCAAGAUCCAUCAACAUAUCUUUCCAUAGAGCCAUUAUUUGAGAAAGAAAGGUAUAUAGUGACAUAUAAUCCUUCAAAGGGUAACAUAUAUGCACUACUAAAGGAUAAAGCAAAAGCAGAUGACAUUUUGAAGGCAGCAUUCCAUGCUCAUGUGCUUCUGCAUUUUCUUCAAUCUUCAAAUGCGAAGCAAUCUUCAAGAUAUCUCACUCAUCCUUUUCAGUCAUCACUGAACAGCAGUCCCUCAAAUCAUUCUCAAUCAUCUCUGAACCAUAGUUUAUCGAAUCAUUUACUUCCCGCAGCUGUAGACAUAGAAGCCCAGGUAGUUGAGUCCUGCAAUGCAGUAUCAUCCUUUUAUGAAGAUUUCAAGAGAGAAGCUGAAGCUGAGGGAUGGAUAAUGUCAGAGUCAUUGAUUAACCCUGGCCGGGCUCGCCUUUGUUCCAUUGACAAGCAUGGAAGUGCUUAGGUGUUAUAUUACACAUUGUGUUGCUCUCUUUCACCAAUGUUCACCAUUUCAGUAGCGAACACAACCCUUUUUUUUUUUUCUGGAAUUGCGCAGCAAGUUGCCUGACCUUUGCUUGUUCUCUGUUCCCUGUAGAUCAAUUCAUUCCAAUAUUCUUUCCAAACUUUGCUUGAUAAACCGCAUAUUAACCCGAGGUGCCGUCCCACCGCCACAAACUAACCUGUUUUUGCAUCCUUGACCCUAAUUCCUUCCCGCACAUCUCUUCUUCCAGUCCACUCAGUGCAGAAAUAUCAUUCACUUACCGAGAAGCCUUGCGGAUAUGUUUCAGUUGACCAGAGCUAUGUUCAUGGCUGCUGUUUGUUGGUGAACUGUUCUCCUUUUUGUUGCAUCAUUAUGUACUAUUCUUUCAUUCUAAACUGCUAUAAAUUUACAGUUUAUGAUGAUUAAUUUUAUAUA